CACACAGCUAGCGUCUAGAGAUAAGAAAAUUACUGUUAACGAGGGUCCCAAUAUAUAUGGGAAAAAAAAAAUGAUGAGAGAUGUUCAACUAUAAAACAUGGAGUGCAACCACAAGUAGAGUUAAGCUUGGGUGCUAGUGUAGGAAUUGAUUUUGAAGGAAGCAGUCAUAUAUACUCAUGGCUAUGGCGAUUCGUCUAGUACUUCUUUUUCUUCUGUUUUUGGGUGUCAAAGCCCAGGUUUCUUUAACUGAUCUGAAGAACGUUGAAGAAGAUAGACCUCAAAAUGUUGGCCUUAGCCAGGCAUUUCGUGUAUUCACUAGAGGAGCCAAUAGGCGUCUAGUUCAGGACAUAGUUUUAAAGGUUGCAAAAUACUUGAACAAUGGAGAUCUGGCUCUAGCUCCUGCACCUGCUCCAACUCCAAGCCAGUUGGAUUGUGGGGGAUUGUGCAAAUACAGAUGCAGUUUACACUCGAGGCCCAAUGUGUGUUUUAGGGCAUGUGGAACAUGUUGUGUAAGGUGCAAAUGUGUGCCACCAGGGACUUUUGGCAACAGAGAAAAGUGUGGCAAAUGUUACACUGAAAUGACCACCCAUGGCAACAAGACCAAGUGUCCUUAAUAUUAUUAUUUCAUCUUACUUUCAAGUUUGUAGUGUGUGGAGUGUGAACCUAGCUUAUUUAAUUUUAUCAUAUCAAAUGGGAUAUAGUACUAGCAAAUCAUGUCUUGGCUAGAUUGACAAUCUUUUUGAGCCAUGUGCGUUGUAAUUUGAAAAGUACUGUUGUGUUGUAUGUACUAUAUUUGAUGUUGCACCCAGCUUAAUGUUAAAGGUAUAUAAAUUGUCUUAAAUAAUGUAGAAACUGCUUUUACCAAUCA